UAAAUUUCUCUUUGGAAGAACAAACUGUACAAAUCUUAUAUAUUUCUAAAUCAUUGUUAAUAGAAAAUAGUUGGUGGGUUUGGUAUUAUUUUUCUUGUUUAAAUUUUGAGGAAUGAAAACCGAACUUUAAUGUGUAUUCUUACCCAGUCAAAUGAUUAAUCCACCUAUGCUUAGCCAAGGCAUUCUAUAUAUAUAGUUAUAUACACAAUGGUUAUACUCCCUCUUCUUCUAGUAUAUGCACUUCAAAAUAGAAACAUAGCUACCAAUAAUGGCUUCUCUUCCUCAGCAUGUGUGGUUAGCUCUUAUUCUUCUUCUUUUCCCCUUACUUUUUCUUUUUCCCCUUACUUUUCUUCUGAAGAAGAAACUAACUAGCAAUAACCUCCCACCAGGUCCACCUGGACUUCCAAUAAUAGGCAAUUUACACCAACUUGGGGCCUCACCUCAUUACUCUUUAUGGCAACUAUCCAAGAAAUAUGGUCCUGUCAUGCUUCUCCAAUUUGGUAGAGUUCCUACACUUGUUAUCUCCUCUGCAGAAGCUGCAAAAUAGUUUCUCAAAAAAAAUGACCUCAAUAGUUGCAGUAGACCUCCCUUGGCUGGUACUGGAAGACUGUCUUACAACUAUCUUGAUAUGGCUUUUCCACCUUAUGGAGAUUACUGGAGAGAAGUGAGAAAGAUUUGUGUUCUUGAACUUUUUAGUGCUAAAAGAGUUCAAUCGUUUCAAUCCAUUAGAGAAGAAGAAGUGGGGAUUUUCAUCGAUUCGAUUUUAAAAGCUGCUUCUUCUUCUUCAUCUGUGGAUCUUAGUGAAAUGUCUUUGACUCUUACUGCAAAUAUUACUUGUAGAGCAGCUUUUGGGAAAAGUUUAAAAGCAAGUGGAUUUACCCAGGAAAGAUUUCAAGAAGUGAUCCAUGAAGGUUUUGCCAUGUUGGGGAGUUUUUCUGCAGCUGACUUUUUUCCUUAUGUGGGUUGGAUUGUAUGUGGGUUCGGAUGUUGAUAGGUUACAGGCUCCAUGCAGACUGAAAGAAACUUUCAAAAACUUGAAUAAAUUCUCCAGAAGAUUAUUGAUGAAUCAUAUCCAAAAAGGGAAAAGAGAAGCAUGGACAUAGAUAUUGUCGAUUUUUUUGUUGGAUUGGAGAGAUACAAACUGAACCUGGAGGAGAGAUAUCAACCUGAACCUGGAGGAAUUCAAUUCACUAAAAAUCACAUCAAAGCAAUUAUCAUGAAUAUAUUCCUGGGUGGAUUGGACACUGGAGCAAUAGUCUUAGUCUGGGCUGUGGCAGAACUUGUUAGAAACCCUCAAGUUAUGAGAAAAGCACAAGAAGAAAUCAGAAGAUUAAUUGGAAACAAAACAAAAGUAUCUGAAAGUGAUAUUCACAAGCUUGAAUACCUAAAGAUGGUGGUGAAGGAAACGCUGAGAUUGCACCCACCAGGAACCCUAUUAAUACCAAGAUAAACCAUGUCACAAUUCAGCAUCAAUGGCUAUGAAAUUCAUCCCAAAACUCAAGUCGAGGUCAAUGUGUGGGCAAUUGGAAGAGAUCCUAAAGCUUGGAAAAAUCCUGAAGAAUUCUUUCCAGAGAGAUUUAUUGAUAAAUCCAUUGAUUUUAUAGGGCAAAAUUAUGAAUUUUUACCAUUUGGAGAAUUUUUACCAUUUGGCAGUGGUAGGAGAAGCUGUUCGGGUAUGACUAUGGCAUUGUCUUUGGUGGAGAUUGCGCUUGCAAACCUUUUGUUUUGUUUUGAUUGGAAGUUACCUGGCAAUAUGAAGGAGGCAGACAUUAAUAUGGAAGAGGCAUCUGGUCCUGGUCUUACUACUCAUAAGAAAGAAGCUUUAUUGCUUGUACCAAUUAAAUAUCAACCUGCAUAAAAAAAAAAAAAA